ACCCGCGACCACAGCACACCAAUAGGCCAGGCGCCACUUCCGCUCCUUUUGACGCCGCUCAUAUUACGUCGCCUUGUCAAUUAAUAGCUCUACCACUUUGUCCUCAGCGCGCACCAGCAUUCCUCCACCUCAUUCGUAAACAUGGCCAGCACAACUGUCAUCAACGCCAACGCGACGUCAAAGGUUCAACCCUCCACGGCGCCGCCAAUUGAGCCAUUGAAGAACGACACUGCACGGCUUUACACGCAUAUCCACCCGAUACUCGUUCUCUCGGUCUACGCCUUCAAGUUUCCUGCCCUAGUUGCGGACCCGGUGCCGACGCUCCUUUCCACUCUUGCGCCGCUCGCCGUGCUGCAAAUAGCCUUUGUAGCAGUAUGCCUUCCGCCAACAGGAGGCACCCCUUCUUUAAAGAACAAGAAGCCUGGAGAGAAGAAAGGGAAGGCACCUGGCAAGCUGGAGCAGGGGCUCAACUCGAAGAUUGUCCCGGCAUUCUUGUCCCUCCUACUCACUACGCUCGCCGCAACACCGCUCCUCACGGCGACCCUCGUUCUCUUUGGCGCGCCUGCCACAACGCAUCACAUGCAUACCCUCCUCGCUGGGGCCCACAUCGCGUUGCUUAGCACACUCCCUCUGGUAUAUGUACACGGUGUAGACGGCGAGACUUGGAGGCAGAUCAUCGCGCUACUUCUGCCGAUGGAUGAAGUCUACGGAGGGCUGAUUGGUACCGUGCUCGGUGCAUGGCUGGGUGCUGUACCUAUCCCCUUGGAUUGGGACCGCGAAUGGCAGAAGUGGCCCGUCACGAUCGUUACCGGCGCUUACAUUGGAUAUGCAGUUGGCAAACUGCUCGGUGGCACACUGUUGAAGGGGAAGAAGAUCAUGUUUGACUAGAAGAUCAUAUGUGACUAGAUGAUCAUGUCUGACUAGGAGGUCAUGGUUCAGAUUGGAGUCUGUGUUUUCCUGAAGAGAUUGUACGGUUUCUUGUCAUGAUGUGUGGACAAUGGACAACGGAGAGUUGUGAGUGAGGCGCUCCAUCCAUUUCCAGAGACUGAGGAGCGAGCGACCAUAGCCCGCUACCUUUUGCGACGAUAUAAUACGAUCAGCUCGCCUGCACACUCCAAAUCGAAUUUUGACAGGCUUACAC